AUGGCGCAUGCUGAAGCGUACGGUCCAAAUCUGCCAACAUUUGCAGAUUUGAAGAACCAUCUGCGCAAGGAGCCGCUUUACUUCCAGGUAUUGGAAGGAUAUCUGCGAAAUACGGCCAAACUGAUUGAGGAUUUGAGGGCGAAGUUGGACAAUGAAACGAAUGAAGUUCCAACGGCAGACUUGAGAAUCCGCCCAAGUACUCCGCCAUCUCGGGAACAGAUAGAAACGUUCCAUCAAUCUGUGGAAAUCCAGUGCGAUCUGGAGCGGGAAGCGGAAAAUGAGGACCAGAUCGCCCUCCACCUUCUCGAACAACAACAACAAGCUUUAGAGCAAGAGGAAGAACCAGUGCUGGCACUGGUAGACGCUCAUGAGAGCUGUGAGGAGGUGGAGGAGAUGGCGGAGGAGAGGCAAGUAUCGCACGAUGAGGAAGGUUACGAUGCGGUACCAAGAACGUCUGCGGAAAUUCCAGAACGCAGUGAAGCGGAAGGCAUUUGCGAAAUAGCACUGCGUUCACGGACGAUACGGAUUCCACAACGUGAGGCAAAGCCAGUAGUGCCGGAAGCCUUUCAUGCGCCGGCAGUGCAAGGUUUACCGGCGCGGUACCAACAACUGCUGUGCAUUGAAAAGCUUUAUGUGAAUGAUUUGAACGAGUCUAGUACGAAUUUAUUUUCAGAGUGUGGAAUUUGUCCGAAGGAAUUCGGAACUUUGAAGGGAUGGCGAAUUCACGCCAGCAAGGUGCACAAAAAAAAUGGCUUCUGUCAAAAAUGCGGCCAUUUCGUCGAUAUGCCGCAUGUUCGCUCUGAUGACGAAAUUACAGCCAUGAUGGAGCUACAUGCUUUGGAAUGGUGCCCUAGGGCCACGAAGGCUGUUAUGAAUGACAGAGCUAUUAAACGACGAAGACUUGAGUUGGUGGGUAGAAACGAAGAGGCCGAGCACUACUAUAUUCCUAGUAAGUAA